CUUCCACUACUUUCCCAUUCUCUCAUCUUUUCAAAACCUCUUCUUAGAGAGAGAAAGAAACAAUAAAAAUGGCAGAGAGAGAUCUAGAGAGAGAAGGGGCAAACAAGAACUAUUCAUCUUCUUCUAUUGCUCCUCCUACUGCUACUUCCUAUGAUUAUGAUCCAGAAACUACUUGGUCUUCAUGGCUUGUUCCUAUGUUUCUUGUUGCUAAUAUUGUGAUUUUCAUUUUAGCUAUGUAUAUUAAUAACUGUCCUAGUAAACAUAAUAACUUUGAAGGUGACUGUGUGUUCAAGUUUCUUGGUAGAUUCUCUUUUCAGUCUUUAAAGGAGAAUCCAUUGUUUGGUCCUUCUUCUUUAACACUAACAAAGAUGGGAGCCCUGAAGUGGGAUGCUGUUGUGAAUCAUCACCAAGGAUGGAGACUUAUCACUUGCAUUUGGUUACAUGCUGGAGUUAUUCAUUUGACAGCUAACAUGUUGAGUCUGAUCUUCAUUGGCAUUCGUCUUGAACAACAAUUCGGGUUCGUGAGGAUUGGAAUCAUUUACCUCGUAUCUGGAUUCGGGGGGAGUGUACUGUCUUCUCUAUUCAUCAGAAACAACAUCUCUGUCGGUGCUUCCGGUGCUCUUUUUGGACUUCUUGGAGCAAUGCUUUCAGAACUUAUCACAAAUUGGAGUAUUUAUACCAAUAAAGUAGCUGCUUUGGUCACACUUCUGUUUAUUAUUGUCAUCAAUCUUGUGAUUGGCAUGUUACCGCACGUCGACAAUUUUGCUCAUAUCGGGGGAUUCCUGACAGGUUUUCUUCUUGGUUUCAUUUUCCUUCCUCGUCCUCAAUUCGGGUGGUUAGCGCAGCGACGUGUUCCAGCUGGUGUUCGCCUCAAGUCAAAAUACAAGGCUUAUCAAUAUGUUCUAUGGAUUGUCUCUAUUAUUCUACUGAGCGUCGGGUUAAGUGUUGCUUUGGUGAUGCUAUUUCGAGGAGAAAAUGGAUAUGAUCAUUGCCAUUGGUGUAGCUACCUAACUUGUGUUCCAACUUCUAAAUGGAAAUGCAAUGAUAGUUAAACAAAAGAGCUAUUCCUGUUCUUUUAUGUAUAGCUAUGGCUUUUACUAAUUGUUUUUUUGUUUUGUUUAUUAAUUCCUUUUCAAGAUUCCAUUAUUAGUUUGUCUUUGGAUUUGUGUGUUUUCUUAUGUGGUCACACACAUAUAUAUGUAUAAAGAAAUUUAGUUGUACAUGAAGUUUCUGUUCCAUUUAUAUUUUCACA